UGCUGCAAUAUGUCAUCUGACGAUGAUGAAAGGAAUAUGAUGAUAAUAACAUUGUUCAACAAAGGCUUAAAACAAAAGGAAAUCAGCUGUGCACUGAAUUCAUAUGGGCAUAAAAUAAGUGAGAGGCAUCUGAGACGAGUUUUAAAACUUCUAGGGUUGAAGCGAAGAUGCCCCCAACGACCUUUUACUGAAAUCCACAAAGCUGUGGAGAGUGAGAUGAAACAGUGGUCUCCUGAACAAGGAAUCAGGGCAAUGGUAAAGCGGGUAAGGGAUGUCAGAGGAGUGCGGCCUUGUUACAGAGACGAUGUUGCUAAUAUAAUGAGGUAUAUGGAUGCAAGUGGUCUUCAGAGGAGAUCUCCUGGAAAGAAGAAAAUUCCCCGUCGGAAUUACAUCAGCCGUGGUCCAAAUGACACAUGGCACAUUGAUGGCAAUGAUAAACUGAAGUUCUUUGGAAUGUGGAUACAUUUGGGGAUUGAUGGAUUUUCCAGGAAGGUUCUAUGGCUAAAGGUGGGCACAUCCAACCGCAAGCAAAACUUUGUGGCCAGAUACUUCUUUGAGGCUGUUCAAGAACAGGGUGGCUGUCCUCAAAUGAUUCGGGGGGACAGAGGAAAGGAGAACCUUGUUGUGGGUCAAAUGCAGAUGGCAUUUCACAUGCGAGAUCUUGGGAAUCAGGCAUGGAGGUGCUUCAGAAUGGGGACAUCAGUGCACAACCAGAGAGCUGAAUGUUUCAACAGUAUUUUAAAGCAGACAUGGAUUAAGAAAUGGCUGACAACAUUUGAGGCCAUGAUGGAGUCUGGGAUCCUUGAACUGGACAAUCCUGUGCACAUCAACUGCUUGCAGUACUCACACUUGCCACUGCUUCAAAGAGACUUAAAAACGGAGCAAACAGUUUGGAACACCCAUGACAUCCGCAAGCAACGCAAUGCACCUGGUCCAUUUGGGAAACCCGACCUUCUGUUUACCUCACCACCUCCUGGAUAUGGCAAUGUGCUGCACAUUGUUGACCCAGACCUUUUAGACUAUGCCAAGCAAUUAAUCUGUGAGAGGGAAGAGCCUUCACUGGUAGCAAACCAGGAAUUCAGAGACAUGUGCCAGAACAUUUUAGAAAACAGCCAGUUUCCCUGCACACCUGAUGGUUGCCUUGCUGCAUACCUCAUGCUAGUCCAAGAGCUCACAACUGCCAUGAACAGAAAUGCAGUUCCUACACUUUCUACGUUUGCCGAGGCAAAUGACAUAUACAUCUUUCUGAAGAGAGAGAGGAUGGAAGGUGCACCAGUAAACAUUUCCAAUGACCAAUAAAAUCAUACAACAGUGUUUGUUAACAUUUAUUUAUCCUUGUUUAAAAUCAACAGGUAAUUUGAAAACUGUCUGACCAACAAAAUGUACAAUAAAAUGUUGAAAUACAAUUGACAAGGUGCCAUCUUUCAUAAUGAUUCAGUGUUUCAUUUACCACAACUUUUGUUAACAAUAAUGUAGAACAUAAUUCACAUUGAAAGACUUUUGAACUGCAGACUGUAGCAACAUUACCACUUGUAGCCAUAUCGGCUCGUAAGAUCAAGGCCUGACUUGAGAAACUUAACAACAUCAGAUGCGGAAGGCCUUGAGUCUGGGUCAUAGCUCACCAAACCACCAAGAAAACUGUUUUUGUCACUGAGAUGUGAUAGGGCAUGUGGUGGGGUUUUGGUGGCCAUUAGUGCAGCCAGUUCUCUUUGUUUUUUAACCAUCCACGGAGCGGAACCCGUCAGGAUCUCCAGAUAUGUGGCUCCGAGGGACCACAUGUCUGUCUGGAACGAGGCCUCUUCAAACAUCAGUAUGCAUUCAGGGGCCAUGUAAAGAUAUGUGCCACCAGCUGGACCAGUAGCCUGGGCAGUGAACUUACUCCCUUGACGAAGCAUCACAGUGUCUCUUAUGUUUGCCAUGCCCCAGUCUGUCAGGACUGCCUUCUUAGAAGGGUGG